AUGACCGCGUCUGAAUUGCAUGAGAAAGAAGGGUAUCACUUCGUUGAAACCCAGCCAGUACUCGAUCGCAUUGCAACUUUUGCUAAGCAACAUGACGUGAGCGAGCCUCGAUUCGGGUACUAUCCUAUCCUCCAACAGAUGAAUUUGUUGAAUAUCGAGACACGACUGGUCAAACUGUGGGCCAAAUACAAAGCAACAGAAUUGGGCGCAGAUGACUUGACCGACCUUCAGACCACAUUCAAAGAAUAUUGCCAGGCAAUAAGAGAUUUUGACUUUAUCCUUCGCCACAGAGAACCCAAUGAAGCCAUCCAAACUGAGGAAAAGCAGGACAGGGUUGCAAAAUUCAGGAACCAUCUUCGAGAGCAAGGCUUCCCAAACACAUACAGAGCUUUCGUCAAACCCGUCUCCUUAAACUCCGACCUUCUUCUGGCCUUUAUCAGCAAUCGUCUGCCUAAAAAGCUCGCCUGGUCCCGCUCAGAGAGGAGACGGCGCUCAGAGGAGUACAAUCACGACGGCAAGCCGUUGGAGUACUCGACCGAGACACGCUUCCUUGCAAGCGUCAUCAUCUUGGAUCAUCGUACCUAUCGUCCUCAUGACAAUUCCAAAGACUAUAAGCAGAGCGUGGGAUCUUUCGACCAUGUCAAUUGCUAUUGUUUCCUUUGGGGGAUUCGCGGCGGUGGUUGUGGGACUACAGUCAAGCACUAA